ACGAAAUGUCAAAUCUAUCAAACCUAUCGAUAACUCCUUACAUUUUUUCCUGACCGACACGUCGCAUCGUUUCUGACAAAGAAGUUGUAAACUGAUCAUCCAUCUACGCAAUCAUGUCGGACAAAACACCGAAUCCUACUUGGGCUGAUGGACUCAGCGACAGCCGUGAAAUGCCGUCUUCUGAUGCCACAGCUGAUGCUGCUGCACACGAGGCUUCUAACUCCUCUGAGUGGGUAGACGAAAUACCAAUUGGAGCAGACGAUGACUUUGAGGAGAUCUUAAACGUCUCUUACAUUUAUGUCCCGCCAAUUGAACCGCCGAAAAUUCAGCAGAAUACGUUUCUCCCCAUUCAACAAGAGCCAACAAGCUGGCAGGAGGGCCAGACGCUACACAAGCCGAUUCCACAAUACGCUGUUGUAGCAGAACGUGCACCGCGCCAGGCUCCACCAAGCGCACUGCCACCACAGGCAGAAGCACAGGAAGCUCCACAGGAAGCAUCAUCAAACCCAGAGAUCCUACCACUGACGAGCCUUGACCUAAAUGUUCUGCAUGAGCGCUUUCCACCACAGGACCCUAUGCAGCAGCAGACUUGCAUGCUGCAGGGCGCCAUGCCCCGAGAUUGGCGAAGUGGCCUGUCUAGUGCCUUCGUUUCAUUCCGCCCAGCUGUUGACCCCGAGAACGAUCCCCCAGAAGAGCAAUCACAGGAAAGCUUGGUACACGGUGAGCCGACAGGUGGGCUGAGUGGCCGCGGACACGGAGGCAGACUCGCACACGGACGCGGAUACGAACGCGGACGCGGACGCGGACACGGAUCCCCAUUGCGGGAGCUGUCUCCCACUGGAGGGACACAGUCCAUGCUAGAACAGGAUGUGGGUGUGUUGCCCGAGACACGCCAUGACGAUAACGCCCCAGUGCCUGAGUUUCGUGAAAGUCUCGAGCCACUACGUUCCACAUUAUUUUCACAGUUUUGGAGUGAGUAGCCAUACAUAUCUGCCGGCCUGCCCGAUUGUAUCUGUCGGCUGGGAAGAAAGUCUUCGUUUCCAUGGAAGCAGAACAUACAAAGGCGAAGCACGACUCAAGCCAGCUGACGGGGACCACGGCCACAGGAGAUGGGUAUUUUUUCCGCUCGAACAACACACAUAUCAUUCAUACACCAUUAUAUUCUUAAAACUAGAUUUAACAAUACCCUGAUACCAUCAGUUCAAAAUUAUAUAACAGUUUCGUAUACAAGACAAGACACAGAAUCGAUUGAACAAAAAAGAAUUGUAAUUUCUUACAAAUUAUAAUGAUUUAAUGAAAAUAUAUUUUUGUAUACAUCCGACAACAUCCUGACGAAAAAUGUUCAAACAAUCCAUUAAAUAGAAUAUGCAACGCAUAUCUUCUGCGAAACA